GCUGCACAUUUGGUGGUGGAUGAGAUGAGUUUGCCCUUUACUAUGUAAAGCGCUUUGAGUAACCGUAGAAACGCGCUAUAUAAAUACACUCUAUUAUUAUGUUUGUUACAAUUAUCACAGGACAAAAAAUUAUACUGAAUGUUGUGUACAUUUCUUGAAUAGCAUCCAAGCUUGCCUCCCAUUGGAUAGAAUUAGAGCAAUUUAGUGAUGUCAGUAGGUACUGCUUUUUUACCGUGGCAAUUAAUGAGAUUGGGCAAUGCAUUUUGUCAUUGGACUGGGCAUCAGCGUGUCGAAACAACUAGCAAGCUCAGGCUACUCGGGCACACCGACGACUAAGGAACGUGAAUACUUCUUUACGUUGGAAAAAAAGGAUCAGAUGAAUGAGUCACUCCAAGGGACUCUAGAGAGGAACGUUGUCCUCCACUGCCGGCCCCCCGUCUUCCUCACCCUGCUCAGCCUCCCCUCUACAGACAUCAUCAAAUGAGCUCUAUCUGAAUGCCACUUUCUAUGGGUUUGGAUUCAGUACAGCAGCCAGCAGUGAAGAGAGCCAGUCUCUUACAAAGCCUCAUUUUGCCACGGAACCUUACGAAUUGCUUUCAAAAGUGCCUCGAAAGAACUAAAGAAAACCAUGAUUUUUCCUUCAUGUAUAGUGCUGCUGUUUUGAGAGUAUUCCUCUGAUUGACCAUAAAGGGAAGGACAGUUGCAUCAGAGCGGACAGGACCGUAAAGUACAUUAAGGCUUUAGGGGAGCAGUCAUAACUUCUGUCUCCAUACGAGCCGACGACCAUGGUCCCCCAGAAGGCUGACUUGACUGUUUUGCCAUGUCAGGAUGUGGUGGAGAUGCCAGUGAAGAAGCAGAGCAGUGAGAGGGACGAGGAGAGUCCUUAUGGGUCUCUGGGUGAGGGUGCUGGGGGGGAACGGAUUCCCCUGCGCAAGUGGGUCAUGCAUGGUGCUGUCAUGUUCGGACGAGAGUUCUGCUACGUACCAAUGGAGACAGCCCUGGUCACACCAGUCUUACUGCAAAUAGGACUUCCAGAGCAGUACUACAGCCUGACGUGGUUUCUGAGCCCCAUCCUGGGCCUGAUCCUCACCCCUCUCAUUGGCUCAGCCAGCGACCGCUGCACCCUGAAAUGGGGCCGCAGGAGACCCUUCAUCCUGGCACUCUGUGUGGGGGUGUUACUGGGAGUUUCUCUCUUCCUCAAUGGGUCCCUCCUAGGAUUAGCCCUCGGGGACGUUCCCAGCAGUCAGCCCAUUGGGAUAGUGCUGACGGUGCUGGGCGUGGUUCUACUGGACUUCAGUGCAGACGCCUCAGAUGGGCCUAUCAGAGCCUACCUGUUGGAUGUAGCCGACACAGAGGAGCAGGACAUGGCCCUCAACAUACAUGCUUUCUCUGCAGGGCUGGGAGGAGCGGUUGGCUACGUGCUGGGUGGCCUGGACUGGACCAGCACCAUCCUGGGCACGGCCUUCAAGUCCCAGGAGCAGAUCCUGUUUGUGUUUGCUGCCUUCAUCUUCACCAUAUCUGUGAUUCUACACAUGUUCAGUAUCAAGGAGGAGAGUUUUGAGGCUCGUGGUGACACUCUGGGAGACUCCGACUCCGACAGCCUGUCCUCAGAGAAACUGAAGGGGGGCUUGGCGGGGCCUCGUAGUGUACCUCAGCUGGACGUUAUAGGAGAGGAGGACGCCCAGUCAGAGAGGGAGCUCUUCAUCAACGUGGACAGGGUGAGGAGUAAGAGCGACUCGGUGCUGGCCAUGCCUGACGCCACCAUCGAACUGGACUCAGACCUGGACCAGGACGGUCAUUUCCUGGCCGACAUUGAGCCCUCCAUCUUUCAGGACUACCCCCAAGAUUUGUACCCUGGCACCCCUCAGAGACACCACAGUGGAUGGGGCAUCCAGGACCUGGAAGGCCCCCAGGCCGAGGCUCAGGCAGACAGCCAGCUGCCCCUCUUCCACCAGGACCCUUCCCCCUACUACAGCAGGGAGCACAUGUUGUUCAACAACCAGACCAACCAGGGAGCCAAGUCGGCCCCGGCGGUCCCCUCCAACCACACAGCCCGCGGGGCCAAGAGCCAGGGGCGUAUGCCAGGCCUGAGGCCGUCCAACACCAGCACCACUACCGGGGCACGUCGCUUCCCCUUCUACCGCCAGCCAUCAUUUACAUUCUCUUACUAUGGCCGCGUGGGUUUAGCACGAUACCGCCACCGCAGAAACACCAUGGGCAAUCCGGCCGGCGCCAACCUCCGCAUCAAGACCUCGCAGAGCAUGAACGACAUCUACGAGCACAUGCAGCGACGGCAGCAGAGGAGGGAGCUCCAGCAGAGCAGCACCACACUGUCCAGCGGGGACUCAGAGAGGGACGACGGAGACCAGGGGGGCACCACGGUCAAGCUGCUGUGGCUGUCCAUGCUGAAGAUGCCCCCCCAGCUGCUGAGGCUCUGCGUCUGUCAUCUCCUCACCUGGUUCUCCAUCAUCGCUGAGGCAGUCUUCUACACAGACUUCAUGGGACAGGUCAUCUAUGAAGGAGACCCCACAGCUCCUGCUAACUCCACUGAACUACAGAACUACCAUAAAGGGGUUCAGAUGGGCUGCUGGGGACUGGUUGUCUAUGCUGCUACUGCUGCAGUCUGCUCAGCUGUGCUCCAGAAGUACCUGGACAACUACGACCUGAGCAUUAAGGUGAUCUACAUCCUGGGUACUCUGAGUUUCUCCCUGGGAACUGCAGUCAUGGCGAUCUUCCGUAACGUCUACGUUGCCAUGGUGAUGAUCAGCACCAUGGGCAUCAUCUCCAUGAGUAUCUCCUACUGCCCCUAUGCUCUGCUGGGCCAGUAUCACGAGAACAAGCAGUACAUCCACCACAGUCCGGGGAAGUCGCGGCGAGGCUUCGGCAUCGACUGUGCCAUACUGUCGUGCCAGGUGUACAUUGCCCAGAUCCUGGUGGCGUCUGCACUGAGCACGGUGGUGGACGCGGUGGGCAGCGUGCGGGUCAUCCCAAUGAUGGCCUCUGGAGGCUCCUUCCUGGGCUUCCUCACCUCCACCUUCCUGGUCAUCUACCCAGACUCCUCCACUCCCACUACUACGCAGGACCAGGAGGGGUAUGGAGAGGAGGGGGCUCCGGCCCUGGUGGCCCCAGAACCAGGCCCCUGUGCUAGCAGUAUGCAGGAGCCAGUAGACCUUCUCAAAACGUCUCCUAAGGGCAGCAGCAGCACGGCACACUACGAGUCCACUAUUUAACAAAGAAGAAGAGGGACUAGGACAAAAUACUGGUGGCAUCACAAUAGUCAUAAAGUGGCUUCCUCUCUUUGUCUCCUUUCUUUAAUCUGCACAGACAGUGACCAAACCUUAACACUCACUAGUCACAUGAGUUCCAGUGGGAUGGACUGUUCCAAUGAACACCGUUGUGCAUUUCUUGACAUAUGGCUGUUUUUCUUUUCCUCCUGGGGUUCAAAUGUUUGUGGUUUCACUGAUUACGUCCCAAAUAGCACCCUACUCCCUUUAUAGUGCACUUUAUUUUUUUUUUUUACCUGGGUCCAUAAGGCUCUGGUCAAAUGUAGUGCACUAAAUAGGGAAUAGGGUGCCAUUUGGGACUCAUUCACAGUUUGAAAGGCCUGCAGGCCUUAUCAGGAGUAUCCACAAUAUCAGGAGGAGUAUCCACCUCAUACACAGGAUCUAAUGCUGGACUCUCUUUUUUUUACUCAUGGGAUCUAAUGCUGGACUCUUUUUCUUAAACGUAACUUGGACUUUUUCUGUAGAUGGUUGUUUUGACUGCACAUGAAUAUUUUCACUCCGUUUCUAAAUUGAAAAUAUUUUUUAUUGAUUUUAUUUUGUGAUUGUACGAAAUGUUUUGAGUGACCGAUUAACUUUUUUAGAUCAAAGUUAGUUUCCCCACAGACAGAAUGAUAUAGGAGUCCCUAUGUUACUGUGACUCACUAAAGAUGCUGCAGUCACAGAGGAUCCAGUUCAGAACAGUAUGGGAGUCCAUAUGUUACUGUGACUCACUAAAGAUGCUGCAGUCACAGAGGAUCCAGUUCAGAACAGUAUGGGAGUCCCUAUGUUACUGUGACUCACUAAAGAUGCUGCAGUCACAGAGGAUCCAGUUCAGAACAGUAUGGGAGUCCAUAUGUUACUGUGACUCACUAAAGAUGCUGCAGCCACAGAGGAUCCAGUUUAGAACAGUAUGGGAGUCCAUAUGUUACUGUGACUCACUAAAGAUGCUGCAGCCACAGAGGAUCCAGUUUAGAACAGUAUGGGAGUCCAUAUGUUACUGUGACUCACCAAAGAUGCUGCAGUCACAGAGGAUCCAGUUCAGAACAGUAUGGGAGUCCAUAUGUUACUGUGACUCACUAAAGAUGCUGCAGCCACAGAGGAUCCAGUUCAGAACAGUAUGGGAGUCCCUAUGUUACUGUGACCUCACUAAAGAUGCUGCAGUCACAGAGGAUCCAGUUCAGAACAGUAUGGGAGUCUCUCUUAUUUACUGUGACCUCACUAAAGAUGCUGCAGUCACAGAGGAUCCAGUUCAGAACAAUAUAGCAGUCACUCUGUUACUGUGACCUCACUAAAGAUGCUGCAGUCACAGAGGAUCCAGUUCAGAACAAUAUAGCAGUCACUCUGUUACUGUGACCUCACUAAAGAUGCUGCAGUCACAGAGGAUCCAGUUCAGAACAAUAUAGCAGUCACUCUGUUACUGUGACCUCACUAAAGAUGCUGCAGUCACAGAGGAUCCAGUUCAGAACAAUAUAGCAGUCACUCUGUUACUGUGACCUAACUAAAGAUGCUGCAGUCACAGAGGAUCCAGUUCAGAACAAUAUAGGAGGUGCUCUGUUACUGUGACCUCACUAAAGAUUCUGCAGCUAUCGAAGAUCCAGUUUAGAACAGUAUAGGAUUCGCUGUUACUGUGACCUCGCUAAGGGGCGGCGGGGUAGCCUAGUGGUUAGAGUGUUGGACUAGUAACCGAGUAACCGAAAGGUUGCAAGUUCAAAUCCCCGAGCUGACAAGGUACUAAUACCUGGCCCUGAACAAGCAGUCGGUCAAAACAAUAUAGGAGUCUGUCUCUUUUACUGUGACCUCACUAUGCCACAGAGGAUCCAGUUCAGAACAAUAUAGGAGUCGGUCUCUUUUACUGUGACCUCAUCAUGCCACAGAGGAUCCAGUUCAGAACAAUAUAGGAGUCGGUCUCUUUUACUGUGACCUCACUAUGCCACAGAGGAUCCAGUUCAGAACAAUAUAGGAGUCGGUCUCUUUUACUGUGACCUCACUAUGCCACAGAGGAUCCAGUUCAGAACAAUAUAGGAGUCGGUCUCUUUUACUGUGACCUCACUAUGCCACAGAGGAUCCAGUUCAGAACAAUAUAGGAGUCGGUCUCUUUUACUGUGACCUCACUAUGCCACAGAGGAUCCAGUUCAGAACAAUAUAGGAGUCGGUCUCUUUUACUGUGACCUCACUAUGCCACAGAGGAUCCAGUUCAGGGUCAGUCAGUUACAUUCCCUAUUAUAAACACCAUCCACUAACUCUCUUCAGUCUAUUGACAUGUAUAUCAUGAAAACACUCAGGGCUAUUAUACAGCACAGAUGAUAUGAUGUCCAGGUUACACCAGAAGUCCAAAGAACCAUUCAGGAUGUUCCUUUUUGUAGCUCACAUUUGCCAUUUAUUGGGUUGAGUGGCCUAUAGCCUACUGUUUACAUUUACAUUUAAGUCAUUUAGCAGACGCUCUUAUCCAGAGCGACUUACAUGACAGAGUUGGAUAAACGCUAUCAGCCUUAAGAUAAUCUAAUGCUGAAGUGAUGAUGCUUACAUUCUAACAUAUCAAUAUUUUAAAAAGGGAACAUGUUGUAAACCUCUAUUAUGCUGCAUGGAAGAAUACUAGAUUUCCUACUACAACUAGUCAUUACAAAUGGUCUAUGAUCAUAAGAUGCCUUUGGGCCCAUCCAGCAUUGAAGAAACCCUACACUGUACUGUACUACAGUAAGUAGCCCUCUGUUGUUCUGAACCAUCUGUUCCACAGGGUAACGCACAAGAAAGGAUAUUGCUCUGUAUGUUUUUACAUUUAACAACUGCAAAAGCUGCACUAUACAUUUUGAGAACUUUAAGAGAG